AUGAGGACGAAACGGGCGCGUGCGCCGACAAGCCCGCUAGAUGUUGCGAACCGCAAAUCUGAUGAUCACUUCAUUGCCGACUACCUACAACCGAGUACAGAGGGAUCCUCUUGGGUAACAUGCUGGACGCAUCCAGGCACGGGGGUUGAGUACAGUAUCAGCCUCACACGCUCUGAUCUUCUCAGCGAGGAUGAAAUGCAGGCGUGCUUCCGGUUGAUCGAACAGACAAGCCGAAAAGACUAUGAGGCCUCGGCCGGGAAGUGGCACCCGCAAAAGAAGCUCAAGGAGAUGAGGUCAGUCGAACUGCGGUACAUCUUGGUCAAGGAGAAAGGCAGUGGGACCAUCCGGGGCUUUACCUCGUUGAUGCCAACCUACGAGGAGGGCGAACCCGUUAUUUACUGCUACGAAAUACACCUUCAACCAGAGCUUCAAGGGACCGGGCUGGGCUCACUGCUUAUGGGAUUUCACGAGACCAUCGCCACAAAUCUGCCCCCUAUCACAAAGGUCGUGUUAACCUGCUUCCUGUCCAACCAACGUGCACUGGAUUUCUACAGAAAAAUGGGCUUCGAAAAGGACAGCAUUUCUCCUGGCUCCAGAAAGCUCCGUUCUGGGAAGACAUUUACUCCGGAUUAUGUCAUCAUGAGCAAGACGGUUAGGCCUCAGGGCUCAGGCUGA